CAAGUGUUGUUUUUUGUGCGUUAAUGGACAAUUGUUCCUUUUUGCACCAGUUGUUCACUAUGUUUAGAGCUGUUCUGGCCAUACCUUGUCUCCAAAGCUGGGAUGAAAGACGAAUAACUGGGUUUUCUUGAAUUUGUAACAAGCCAUUUAUAAUUUUCACCUCUGCUUUUCCUUCCUACGCCUUUCCUUUUUCUCUUCUUCCUUCCUACGCCUUUCCUUUUCCUCUUAUUCCUCCUUCCAGUGCCUUUUCAUUUCAUUUUAUCCCUCUUUCCUGCGCCAUUUCAUAAUUCAUCUUCCUCCUUUCUCCAAGUAAUUACAUACUGGCUUUUCUUCGCCUAGUUUUAGAAACCUCAAUCUAGCCUGCUUGCCUUCUCAGUGAUGGCACAGGUCGUGAAUUGAUGUUUUUUCUUCUUCCUUUCAGAAUCGGUACAACGUGGCCUGUCUGGAUAGUCGUUCCACCAUGAUAAAUGAAUAAAGUGGCCAUAUCCGUCUUUUUAAAGCACCAGUCCUGAUUUUGUCCCGCUUCUGCCCGACGAAAAAAAUUUAUAUUUAAUUUAAGCCGCCUAAAUUUUGUUUACAACAACACACACACCAUUAAAGAUUUCCUUUUUUUCUCUCUCUUCAAUAGAAUUCGUCGAAAAACUCUACAUUUUCGAUUUGUUCCGCUUUCUACUUUUCAAAAUGUGGUCACUUUAUCAGAAUGCCUUACCAACUCCAGAGAAGGGUUCCGGGCCUGUCAUUGCCUUAUCUGAGCCUUUUCAAGCUAAUACAUCGGCCUUUUCAUUACCUUUUGAUCUCCUUCGUAGCCUGGCCACCUCUAUAUUACCGAGACAAGCUGACAAAUUUUGUCGUUACCAAUAAUGUUGUAUAUACAAAGAAAAGAUAAUGUAUAGCACUGUAUCUUUCCUCCAUGCUAACCAUAGUGAAAAAAAGUCUGAUCAAUCCGAAAAUUUCUUGGGAAGCCCUGCAAUAGCUUUUUGCUGUAGCUUUUUGUUUUGAUAAUUGAACUACUCGUAGAUAAAUAAUGAUAUACUAACAAAAAAGAAGAAUGAGGUUAUGAAAAUGUAAAUACAAAUUUGAAUAUCCUCGGUUCGGUUGUUUUAUUUUAUUUUAGUUUUGUAGUUUUAUUGUAGGAUAGAUAUGAGUCCCCUUAAAGAUUUAUUAAAAAAUGGUAACUCAAUUUUAAACCCAUCAGCAUUAUUAGAAGAUUGCGAUAUAGUUAGAAAGACAACAAAAGCAACCACUAAAAAAACAUCUAUAUAUUUUCAAAAAAGUUCAAGUGGCGUUACAUCUUUGAAUUCCGAAAACUCUAAAAUUGAAUCCAAUGAUUCAAUUCGUAAUCAAGAACUUGCUUUAAAUAAACGUCAGAUUGAGAGUAGUUCAUCAAUAGGUCAAGCUGGGAAAAAAAUUAAAAUGGAUCAAGAUUCUGUUUUAAAUGAACAAACUGAAUCAGAAAAUUCUAAUGAAAUAUUUCAAAACAUAACUAAUAUUUUGAGAAAAGACCAAUCACCUGAUAUUUUUGAUGAGAAAGAUGAAUUUGACGCUUUUGCUAAUUAUCUAGGUCAAAUGUGUACUCCAAAGAAUACUAAACACCAGAAGGCGUUAUUGGAUAAAAAUACAAGCACUUGUAAAGUAAAAAAUAAAGAUGGGGAUAAUUUAUUUUCCACCCAAUUUCUUAGUACUCAAGAUUUAGAUGAAAUUGAUACUGUUGUUGAAAAGGAAAUUGCUCCCACUGCAGUAGAAAUGCAAAAAACCAUUGGUGUUGAUGCAAUAAUGAAGUGUUUUCAAGAUAGAUUAGAAGCUAAAGAAUUCAUACAAGAAUCAAGUAUGGAUAGGGAAAUUGGUGAAAGAUCUAUAUUAUUUGAAAAUGAAAAAGUUACUACUAGUUAUCGUCACGAAGUUAACCAAAUAUUUGAAAAAAUUGAAACUUCGAUAUGUGCAAUGGGAGGAGACAACACUGUUAUUGAUUUUGAUGAUAAAUAUUUUGAUUUAAUAUUUAAUGAUGAUAUGGAAAAUGUAGUAGAAACUAAAGAAAAUAGUCCAAGUAAAGAUACAGAUAUCCAAAAUAUAGAACUAAAUAAUAUAAAUUUGAGUUUUGGGACUAUAAUCAGGAAGGCUUUAAUUAAAAAUUCCACCAAAACACAAUUAAAAAGAAAAAAUAACAUUGAAGCAUUAAAUUUAACUAUACAAGAACAAACUAUUGAAUUUAGAAAUUUAGGACCAUUUUAUGGAUUGCCUUUAAAAGUAAAACACCUGGUGCAACAGUAUAAAGGAAUAGAUGAACUUUAUGAUUGGCAAGAUGAAUGUUUAAAAUUGCCUGCCAUUGAAAAUAAGAAAAAUUUGAUAUAUGCUUUACCUACAAGUGGUGGCAAGACAUUAGUAGCAGAAAUACUCAUGUUUAGAGAACUAUUAUGUUACAGAAGGAAUGCCAUAUUUAUUUUGCCAUAUGUAUCAAUUGUUCAAGAAAAAGUUUGGGCCAUAUCACCGUUUGGUGUAGCUCUGGAUUUCCUAGUAGAAGAAUAUGCCUCAAAUAAGGGUGUAUAUCCACCAAGAAAGCGUAGAAGAAAAAACUCAAUAUAUGUUGCUACAAUUGAAAAGGCUUUAGGACUCAUUAAUAGUCUUAUAGAGGCAGGAAGGUUACAUGAGCUUGGCCUUAUAGUCGUAGAUGAAUUUCAUUUAAUAGGUGAAGAAGGCAGAGGUGCUACUUUAGAAGCAGCUUUAACAAAAAUUAAGUUUCUCAAAGCGAAAAUUCAAAUAAUUGGAAUGAGUGCUACAAUAGGAAAUUUACCAGAUUUGUGUCAAUAUCUGGACGCUGAGGCAUAUACAAAAAAUUUUAGACCAGUGGAAUUAAUAGAGCAUGUCAAAUGUAAAAAUAACAUAGCGAAAAUCAAUUGGAAUUACAAAGAUGAGGAAGAUUUGUUAGUAGAUUACAAAAAAGUUAAUUUUAAGUAUUCAGAGUCGAUUUUAAAACUCGAUCCAGAUAUGGUGGGCGGUCUAGUCAUGGAAGUUAUACCAGAAGCUUCUUGUCUAAUAUUUUGUGCAUCGAAAAAAAAUUGCGAAAAUGUUACAAAUUUGUUGUGUCAAAUAUCAAAACCGGAAUUGAAAAAUUACAAGAACACUGAAAAGGAACAACUAUUACAUGCAUUGAAAGAUGAGAGUGGGAAAUUAUGUGAUAUUUUAAAUAAUUCCAUUAAAUAUGGCAUAGCCUAUCAUCAUUCAGGUUUGACUAGUGAUGAAAGGCGAAUAAUUGAGGAGGGUUUCCGAGCUGGUAUUAUCUACAUAAUAUGUUGUACAUCAACCCUUGCGGCAGGUGUCAAUUUACCCGCUAAAAGAGUAAUUUUGAGAUCACCAUACAUCGGAAGAGAUUUUAUUAAUCUAUCCCGGUACAAACAAAUGGUCGGUAGAGCAGGAAGAGCGGGUUUAGGUGAAACGGGAGAAAGUAUUUUAAUAGCACAACCUCAAGACAUGCCUAAAGUUAUACAACUUUUGAUGUCGCCAAUGAAUAAGGCUUUCUCUAGCAUGCAUAGUUGCGAAGGAAAAGGGUUAAGGCAUUUUCUUCUCAGCUGUAUAAGUUUAGGUAUAGCGAACACCAGGCUGCAGCUGCGACAUGUAGCUGAGCAAACUCUGCUGGCCGUUCAGAAAGAACAACUUGAAGUUGAUGUAAAAAAAUUGACUGAUAAAGUUAUUAAAAAUUUAUUUAAAUUAGGCGCCUUGAAGGAAUCUUGUGCUAAGUCUAAAGAUGAGACUGAUUCUUGUGACGUUACUGUUAAAAUGGACACAUCUGUUCAAGAAUCCUCAGAAAAUGUAAAUACAACUAUAAGUAAGAAAAAGAAAGUAAUUGUCUUAAAGGAUAAUACCAAACUAGUUGUUAGUGACCUAGGAUUUGCUGCAAUCAAAGGUGGCUUGGAACUUUCCAGAGCCCAUUUCUUAUAUGAAGACCUUUGCGAAGCUCAAACUUGCCUUGUUUUGCAAGGCCACUUACAUUUGCUCUAUCUAGUUACUCCCUAUGAUAUUGCCGAACAAAUAAAACCAAAUAAACAAGUUUAUUAUGAUGUGUUUAUUAAAUUAAAACCCAACGAACUGAAGGUUGCCAAAACUUUAGGGCUGAAUGAAUCCGUUGCAAUGAAACUGUUUUUUUCAAAUAACCAUAUAAAGACUGUACCCGAACGAGUGAUAAAUAGAUUUUAUUUAACAUUGAUGCUUCACGAUUUGUGGAACGAAAUGCCCGUAUUUGAGGUUGCGGAAAAAUAUCAGAUUAACCGAGGAAUCGUACAGAAUCUAAUGACAACGGCAGCAACAUUUGCGACAAACGUGGUGAAUUUUUGCGAAGAACUUGAGGAAUUUUGGGCAUAUGCCUAUCUAUUAAAAGGAAUGAGCAAAAGAUUGUCACAUUGUUGCGUGAAAGAACUGGCAUCUCUCAUGGAGCUACCGGCAGUCAAGCAGAGCCGUGCCAAACAACUUUACAAUGCCGGAUUCAAAACUUUACAAAGCAUCGCGAAGGCAAAUGCAGAUGAUUUAGUUGAAAAUAUCGAAUUCAUGUCAAAAAGAGUUGCAAAUCAACUAAUAGCUGCAUCUAAGAUGUUAUUACUUGAAAGAGUUGAGAAUUUAAGAGAAGAAGCAGAAGAUGUCUUAGACGGCGUUGAAAUUCCAAAAUAGUUCAUAACUUUAUUUAAGAAAAUAUAAUUUAUUUCUUUAAGAAUAUAAUUUUGUUUUGCAUCACCCCCUUGUUAUUUAAUACAUUUUGUAAUUCUUUAUUUAUGUUUUAUCAAAUAAACAAUAUUUUUUAACAUGUUUUAUUUCUUUAUUUCAUCGCUUUUUAUAUAAACAAGGUAGUAGACUCAAUGUAGGUAACUUAUUUCUAUUACCAAUAUUCUUCUCUUUCUUAAAAUCUAUAAAAUAGAAUAAAUUAUGUGACAAAUCUUUCCAAGUAUUCUUGAAACCGAAAUAUUGAACGCCCUUGAUGAAGUCUUCCACGUUUUCAAAUCUGCUUUCAACUUCUGCGACUUUCAAGAUGCCCCCAACUUUUAGAACUCUAUUGGCUUCAAAUAGAUAAUCUCUCAAAUUUGUACCCAUAAGUGACAAACAGAAAACUGCUACAUCUAUAGAAUUAUUUUCUAACGGGACUUUGGACAUAUCGCAAGCGACAACUGUAUCAUCUGUUGCUACGAGAUCAAAAGAAUGGACUUUCUGUGACACAGAUUUUGAAAGUCUUGCAUCUCCACAACCAAAAUCGGCAAUAACAUGCGUUUUUGGCAUUUUUUUGGCGGCGUCAAUAAUAACAUCUAACGGAUUCAUCGGCCAACUUUUAACCUGUUUUCUAUAACCAUCGUGAUAGGCUUUAAACGCGUCAGGAUCAUUUUGGAAUAUUUUCUGAGCUUCUUUACCAUCCGUCGUGUAAAUCUGCUCAUUGAUAAACCGAAAUCGAGCCGCUUUUAACUUUUCCAUCAUUUUCUGUCUCAAAGUUUGAAUGGGUUUUUUCUCUACAUUGGUCGAAUGAAGAGCACCUUUCAGUUUCUCAAAGAAUUUCGCUUUCUUAUUCAUUCGUUGGGAAGAAGUUUUAGGCUGCUCUAAUAAAUUUUCCGUAAAAGAUUGAUCAUUGAAUAUAAGCUUCUUAACUUUCGAAAUAGGUUUGUUGAAUGGAUGUGUAUCUUUUUUUAGGAAUCGUUCUGUAGCUGUGUUGCUUUCAUGCGAAACUUCUUUAGUUUUUUU